AUGCCCUCAAACCCGCAGUUGACAACCAUCUCCACCAUCAAGGACCGGGACGCACAUGUUGACCAUAUUGACUACCAAGAGAUUCCCAAAGAUGGUGGCACUAAAGUUCAGGCCGAUAAGUUUGGAUCUGUUGCCAAAGUUGAUCCCAAAGAAAUUGCACUAGUUCGGAAACUGGACACCUAUCUCAUGCCUAUCUUAUGGUUGAUGUACUUCCUAAACUUCCUCGACCGAAACGCAAUUGUCAACGGCAAGCUCAAUAAUCUCGACAAAGAUCUCAACAUGAAAGGGUCCGAGCUGGUGCUUGGUCUCACUGAAGCACCUUUCUACUCGGGCGCCUGCUACCUCGUGAGCUUGUUUUAUACGCGGAAAGAGGUCGCGACACGACUCGCUGUGUUUUACACAGGAAACUUGCUUGCGAGCUCCUUCUCCGGUCUCAUUGCUGCUGGCGUCUUCGCCGGUCUAGACGGACGGAAUGGCCUGGCUGGAUGGAGAUGGUUGUUCUUGAUACAAGGUGUCGUUACAAGUAAGGCUAUUCCUCAAAACAUUGCAGAAGAUGACUUGAGAUGA